GAGUAUUUAUGCUGCUGUGUAAGUUAAGAAAUUUACUUGGUAGAAACUAAUCAUCUGGGAGGAAAAGUGUGUUGGUGCAAGGACUGGAGUUGAAAACCUCUGCGAAAGACUGAGCUAUACACAGACAGUAACCACUGAUGGCAGACGGACUGUUCUGACGAUGUCUUUCAUACUUUUCUGGACCUUGACAAUGUAAUUUACUUAGCAGUCUAUGCGAAAGUAACAAGCUUCCAAAAACGUAAUUGUGCAUUUUGGACUUAAUUAAACGUGCGGUUUUUCUUUAAAUGAGAAAAGCAGGUGCAGACAGAAUAUCUACUAACACGCAGUCGUUCUGACUCAGAGAGAUUAGCACUUCUCGAACUGUAGGAGGCGCUGUGACCAUCUUAGUCCAGUAAAUCCACCGGUAAAACCACUGAAGAAGAAAAGACGGUUGGAGGCUUACAGACUCGUUGUUGAGCAUGAAAGCGCAGGUGGAUGUGGUCUGCUGUAAAUCAGUAGGAACUGAUCUGUCCAUGCUGGAUAUUGAGGAUUUCAUCACAGAAAUCUGUCAGCUGAAGAAAGAGGUGGCUUCACUGGAGACAAAGCUGAGAGAAAGAGGAGACAAACUGAACAGAGAGGAUGUGGAGCAGGUUUGGGUGCGUGAGACUGAUGGGACAGAAGCUCAGGAUUCAGUCUGGAGCGUCAGAGAUCAGAGAUCCAGAGACACACAGGACUCAGAGCUCAGCCUCACUUUACUCUGUUAUACUGACGCUCAGGAUCAUGAAUCCACUGAUCAAACCUCUGACUGUAAUGCUGGAGAACAGCAGAUGCUGCAGACGCCGCUGAAGAUGUGCUCCGUCAAACUGGUGGACUGCAGGAACCCGAUCGAGAGCAGAGGAGAAGAAACCACCGCAGAGAAACAACAACAACACACUGAUGAGGAAGAGGAGGAGGAGGAGAAUAAUGGGGAUGAUGAUAAAGGCUGUUGUGCAUCUUCUGAUGGAGAAACAGACUUAACAUUAAAAGAGCAGCUGACGGUCAAGAGUUUCUGCCUGCAGCACCUGUGGAAAAACAUUGAGUUCAGAGGAUCGUUUAGUAAGACACGAGAGAAAACACACAGAACAGAAAGACUUCAGCUGUAAGAUAUGGAACAUCAGUUUUCCUUCCGCAGAAGAGAA